AUGGCCGCAGCGGUAGCGGCACGAGCAACGACAGCUUUGGAGCAGCGGGACCCCCGUCAGCAGGCUCUGGCAGCGGGGCGCAAGCAACAGCGACGAGCGGGUAUCGAUUUCCAGCUCCAUCCGCUGCCGGCACCACCACCACAGCCUCCUCCUCCACCACCUUUUCCUUUCCUCGCAAAGGCAGCUUUGCCAGCUUAAAGGCCGCAUUCAAGGGGCAAGCCUCAUCCUCAUCAGCAGCGACCACACCAGCAGUGCAGAGCUCCUCCUCACGCCGACCUGCUCACCAUGGCCGCAACGACAGUCAACUCUCCAUCAACUCCAAGGCAGCCAGCAGUCAUCACGGCGCACCAAGCAUCGGUGCAGCCUUUAGCAGCUCAUCCGUGGUGCCAGGCAAUGCGCCCAGUCGAGGUCACGCACCGCAUGGCAGCAUCUACAGCGAGCACUCGGCUGCAGCCAGCUCUUCUGGCGCAUCCUCCGUCUUUCACAAUGGUGCCAGCGGCGUGGCAGGUCAUGGAGCCGGUGCUGGCGGCCCAUCGUCGCACUUUACGCACAUGCUUGGCGGCCCCAGCGCCAGCGACAUGCCACCCCUGCCACCCUUUCCUGAAGAGUUUUCUGCGCAGAUGCCCGCCUACUUUCCCGGCUCGAUGCCAGGUGCUGCUGCUGCUACCCUCGACGCCGUAAGCUCUAGCGGGCGUCCUUCCAUCGAAGCAUCCUCUCAGAGACGACCAUCGGUGCCCAUGGUGCAUUCUACGCACGCCUCGUCCCCCUCUGACCCGUUUGGCUCCCGAUCGCUCUACCCGUCUGCUCCCGAUGCCUUUGAAUUUGACAGUCCCAACGAGCCAUCUGCUGCGCCGGCCCUGCCACCCCCGACAUCGAAUGGCGCUGCGCUGCACGACGGCGCUGCUGCUGCUGCUGCUGCUGCGAACGGCUAUGCGUCCACUCCGCGUGCACCCAAGCUAGGCUUGCGCAGGGGGCCUUCUUUUACCGCAAGCAUGAGAGCAGUCAGUGGUGCGCAGGGACUGGGAACGUUGCCGCAGGGAAUCGGAUCCAACGAUCCCAAAACGCCUGCAGAGUAUGCCUUGAACGUCCUGAUGAGUCGGUGGGUGCAAUUUGCAGGAUCCAAAGUCGAGGCUUGCAUGCAUAGUGGGGUGAGUGAUGGGGAGCAUGGCAGAGAUGUUGCGCUCGCGCUCACGCGUGUCCUCAUGCGCGCACACGCAGGACCGCGAGAUCGAUCUCAACGCAGAGUAUGCCGAGGGUGCCGACAAAGUCUUUGACGCGCUGUUGAGCUCCAUCGCCCACGUCGCUCGCAAGAGCACCAGCGCAGUCGUCCAUUCUUUGAAAAGGUGGCGCGAUCUCCAACUCGAAAUUUCAGUGGAUGCGGAAGCGGUACGGCAGAGUCUGGCUCAUCUCGGGCAUUCAGCCACUAGCAUAGCAGCAGCCACGACUGGAUUCGCAGGAGGUCAGCUCGGAGUCAAGGACGCUGCUGCGCUGCUGAGCCGUCGGAAAGCGCUAGCAUCUGCCUACCUGCUUUGCCGAGCACUGGGCAAAGUCGCCGAGGAGUCUGGCAUUGGAACGCUAUCGGAAAGUGCCGCGCACGCCAUCGAAGCCGACAUCUUUGGCAUCAUGCUGGCAUGCAGCCGAGAGCGCACAGCUAAAUCGGACCUCCAGGCUGCUGCGUUCGAAAGCGCUGCCGCACUGCUGGGCCAGCUCUCGAGCAAGAGGUGAGCCAUGCCUGCCAUGCACAACAUUCGUCGCUUCGCUGACCUUGCUCUCGCUCAGAUUCGUCGCCAUUGGAGAUCGCUUUGUUGCCCUCCUAGAGCAGUGCGCAAAGUCGCCAUCGCGCGAAUCCGAUAGCAUCGCAUCGGUGGCCGUUCAAGGCGCCGCUUACCUCAAAAUCACCGUGAGUCGCGCGCGCGCGCGGGGCGCGUUCUCGAUGCUGACGUGCCGGCUCGCGCGCAGGUAUACCCCAUGGAACUCUUCGAGGAGGGGGCCGACUUUGUCGAGACUUUGUCGCGCUACUUUGCCGCCAGCCAUGGUCAAGUACUCAAGUCUACAUACGCCUCUGCACUCACCCACAUUCUGCUUCCAGUUGCCCAGCUGGCGUCAGCAGAGCUCAACCACCCUACCUGGCUUCGCGCUCUCGAAGCCGUCUCUCCACGCGCACUGGCAAUGUGCGGCAAGCCACGGUACUGGCAGGUAGCCUACCCUCUCUACGUCGCGUGCCUGUGCGCCUCACCAGAGGAGCGCCUGCUGCAAGCCGCAUCUGGUGGAUGGAACUGGAUUUCCUGCAUCGAGGCAGGCAUGGCAAAGCUAAAGGACCGCGGCACGCGCAAUGUCGUACUCAAUGCAGCCGUUCGUCUCCUUUGGGCGUACAUCUUUAGGUGCCGCGAGAGCAGCAACACCACCACCAAGCGAUUGGAGCACUUUUUCCGCCUCUGGUUUCCCACUCAACGUCCCGUAGUCUUGCCGUCCGAUGCCAGCCUGAUUCCACACAUCGUCAUGACCCACCUCGUUCUAUACCGGCACUUUGACUUUGGCCGCGAUCUGGUCCUCGACUUUUUGCGCGCUUCCGCACUGAGCGGCAACACGCUCUCCCUGCAGCCCGAAUUGCUGUGGAAGCAGCGCAUGACGAUUGCAGUGCGAGCAAUCACGCUCACGCUCGACGCCUACGUGCAAGAAAAGUCGCCGCCGUUCCCUUCGCACCCAGACUUUGCGACCUUUGCUGGCCUGACGCUUGAACAGAGAUCUGGUCUUGGAGACGAGCUUGCGCCAGAGUUCAAAUGGCCAAGACCGGAAAUUGGCGAGGCGCAGAGCACCUUCAACGACCUCAUCGGCAAGGUUGCGCUGAUCUGCGAUCAUCAAGUCGGCUCCGCAAGCAUUUUUGAGGAUGGCCUCGCAAUCAUCCGGAGCGGUGCGCCUCGACCUCAAAUCGACGACGAACGUCUGGUGUGGCUGCUACACUCCACCCUGCGCACGACGGUGGCAUUCCCGCGCGAUCACGAACCGUAUUGCGAGCUGCUACGUGCUUGCUUCGACUCUUGGCCGCGCUGCCUCAGCGCCAGCAUACCGUUUGGCAGCGUGCUAUCCGCCCUCUUUAGAGGCUACUUUAGCGCCGAUCCCCGCUUGUCUGCCUCUGCCGCAGAAAGUCUGCGUCGCAUCGCGCAGCAGCGCAAAGGCGGAGCAGCGGCCAUCGUCUCUGGGUUUAUGCGCUACCUCUUUAAAAUGGACGUCGCCUUUUGGGAGACGCAUCCCCAUCAAAGCUUGCUCCUGGCAAAGGUCGAGCACGCUGUGAAGCUCUGGACGGACUUUCUCAACACGUGGCUCAACGAGCUCCGCAAGAGCCAAGACAAGCACGGAAUGGAACGUACAAGCGCUUGGGCCAUCAUCGACGAAGUGGAAGCGCACGGCUUCUUCUUGCUGUGCUCGGCAUGGCGGGCGUUGCGCAGACAUGCCAUCAGCGUCCUCCGCCUCGUCGCCGUUCUCGACGAGACGUUUUUGAACCCCGCUCGCCGCAAAGCUUUGGCUACUGCGAGGGCCAUGGGAGAGGAAGAAGACGCUUCGCGCGUGAUUCAUCUCCUCGACAAGCCUUGCGCAGAGUACUGCAACGAGGAGGACGCGUCGCUGUCAGAAUCGCAAGUGGCCAGAAUCAAGAAAUGGAGGCGCCCCAGCAGCGCCGAAGCUCUCAGCGAGCUGGCAGAGAGCGAUGGCUCCAUCGAGCAUUCCCUUUGGCAGCACGUGCUUCCGCACUUUUUGAGAAUGUGUCUUGAGCACUUUCCCACCACCGUCGCCGUCUUUCGUUCGUACGUCACGCGCCGCGUGCUCGCCAUGGAAUCGGCAGUGGCAAAUGUAGCCGGAAUGCACACCGCUGGAACGACGCGGACCGUGACUGGAUCCGGUGCUGCGUUGCCUACCAGCGUUGCCGAGCAGCAACUGAUGGCGGCGCAUUGGAAAUUGUACGUUUUGUGCUUGUGCACCACCACGACGUCUUCGGAACGCGAGCAUGCCAGGCACGCAAGCGCCGGCGGCGGCGGCGGCGGCGGCGACGCUAACGAGCGGGGUAUCGCGGCCAAGGACCUCUUUCACAAGCUCGUGCCCUUUCUCGGAACCGAUCAAGCACAAUACAGGGACGCAGUGGUCAAUGCGCUCGGCAACAUCAACGGCAACCUAUAUCGUGCCCUUUUGGAGACGACGCAGACGGUCAGUGCGCAGCUCAACGACGACUUUCGCCAGCGGUCAGCUCCAAAGUCGGGUCAGCGCAAGAGUCGACACUCGGAACGCUUGCGAACCGCCGUGGCUCACGUCAUGCAGCUGACGUCGACGCACAUGGGACAGCAGGAUGCGGUGCGCGAUGUUGCGAUCGCAACGUUCAUUUUGAAUUGGAUCAAAGACACCUUUGCUUUUCUUACCGAUCGAGAAGUAAGACAAGACUGGGAAUUUCACAGACUGCGCAGAUACUUUUGCGGGGUAGUGGAAGAGUUCACAAAUGCCCUCGCAAAGCUCCAUCAGACCGAAAGCCACCUCAAUUUUGACAUGCGCUUGCGCAUGUUUCGUCUGCUUCGCGAAUAUCACAGCUUUAGUCAAGCGGCAAAGGAUGGUCCAGCAAAGUUGGCAAACCUGUUGGCGUCCGUCGGAGAGCAGUAUCGCGACGACAAACACCGCGAGGGUGUGUUGACAGCGCUCCGAAACGAGACUCAACAGCUCUCCUAUCACGCAGGCAGUGCGAUGGCUAGCCUCUGCCAGGGUGCCAUCUCUCUCGUAGGAAGCGCUGCACCCGCACCCAUGGCCGGGUCUUCCCUCGAUGCUGAUUCCCUGCUCUCGUGGCUCGAGCACCUAUUCAGCAGUCACCACGCGCAGUAUCACGCCGUUGCUCGGUGAGUCGGUGUCGUACAAAAAGACCGCUUUCAGACACGACCAUUGACCUUUUGCGCAUCACCCUUCGUAGUCGUGCUCUGCACGCCUUGCUGAUCUACAAUGCGACGCAUCCUGAGUUGGUGGGCAAGGCGAUCAACCUCUGUUUUGCGGAAGCAGAAGACGUUGCGGCGCCGCGCUCCUUCUUUGCCGUUCUGGGCAAGGUGUUGGUUGAGCACGACACGUUUGACGUGCCGAUCCAUCAAAGCCUGUGCCUCGGCCUCAUCAAGCUUGGGCAUCCCGAUCACGAGAUACGGCGGAGAGCCUUUGUGCUCUUGGAGUCCCUCGGUCGAAAGUGUCGGAGCGAUCUCGGCCUGCAAGAUCUCGAGGCUGGAGUAGCAAGUCCGCUGCCGGCAACCUACCUGCGCGCACAGAGGGAGGUCUCUGCUCACCUCGCCUUCAGCCUGCCCCUGCUCAAGAUUGCCAUGCUGUCCGAGUACACUUUGCGUCUUCCGACCAUCGACAUUGGCAGGCGCGCGACCACGCUUGGCCUCAUUCCAGAAUGGCUAGACGGCCUCGUGCUUUCUGAAUCGCUUCCAUUCUCAGUCGCUGACCAUUACAGAGCUGGUGCGGAAGUGCCAGGCACCACAUUUCUCAUUCUCACCAACCUGACUUUCCUGACGAUCAAGUACGGAGACGAGCACAACUUUGAGAUCCAAGACAUGUGGACGAGCUUGGCCGAAGGCCCUGAACCUGGCAUCAAUGCCACUUUUAUCGUUCGGUUUCUCAUCGAGCAGGCUCUUCACUUUCGAAGUUCUAUAUUCGUAGUGCAGGCCAAGCGAGCCAUCUCUUGCCUCUCUCGAACCAUCAUUUCUCCGGUUCUCUUCGCGGAGCUGUGCGCACGAAUCGAGCCCUCUUCGGCUAUCCCGGUACCAAGAGACGGGGCAUCGCCCGUGCUCGACGCGACGCACGCCCAUCUCCACUGCGCAAAUCUAGCGCCACUGCUCCUGGACCCGUCUCGGCGGCAAACUUUUUCGCCAGGACAGCUGGCGUUGCUCUUGGUGGGAGAGCUCACGUACGAGCGCUCCGGGCACUUGGAGCAAUGGCUGCCGCUCUUGCUGCACGCGAUCUUCAUGCAGAUCGACAGCGUUUCGUCCUUUAUGCAAGAACAGAUGAUGAGCAUGCUCGAACAGGUCAUGCGCACAGUCACCUCUGCGCCUCUGGUGCAAACGUCCACCGGCUUCUCGCUCACCUCUCGGACGGCCAAGCAGCAAGUAGAAUCGAUGUUUGCCAAGGGCUCUCCCAGUCUCUUUUGGUCGCACGAUGACUUGAACGUCGACCUGGAUCAGACUCGCACGCCUCGAAUGAUGCGCGCGACCCUCAACGAAUUGCUUGCAGCCUUGGAUGAUCUGUAUCCCGGGCUGCGUGCAGAGUGGGGCCGAGUCUCUCUGCAGUGGGCAACCUCUUCUCCAGUCCGUCACAUGGCAUGUCGAUCCUUUCAGACGUUUCGCAUACUCUUGCCCACGACCACACCGACCAUGCUGGCCGACAUGCUUAAUCGACUUGGCAACACCAUUUCUGAUCCCAGUGUCGACAUUCAGACAUUCGCCUUGGAAGUGCUGUACACGCUUACCGCAGUCGUACGGUCUGCCCCCGUUGGAGAGACUGAGAUUCUCAUUCAGACUUUCUGGUGCUGUCUCGCGUGCCUUUCGACUGCCAACGAGCGAGAAUUUGCGGAAGCCUUGGCCUUGCUGGACGCGCUACUGGACAAGAUCGACAUUGGAUCGCUCGAGACUAUCGAUCUGCUCCGCGCGAGGUGCCCCGAAGGCUGGGAAGGGGACGCCGGAUCCAUUCAGACUUUGGUCCUUCGAGGUCUGCGGUCGUCUGGCACCUCGACCGCAGCGUUCAACAUCCUGGCACGCCUCGCAAAGGUCAAGAAUGGCAUGCUGGUAGACUCUAGCAACGAUCGCCUUGCCUUUACAUUUGUCGCAGCUCUGCCAUGGUUCUUGCAAUCAUCCGAUGCCCCUCAUACGCAGGACAGCAACGUCUUGCAGCUAGCAGACGACAUUGCUAUUCUGGCCGCCGCUGCGUGCAAGAUGGAUCUUCAACGCGUCGCCACUUCGAUAGUCAAGGCUCGAUUCCGCACAAAGGAUGACCUUGUCCGCCAGGCGGUUGGCUGCAUCAAGGAUCAUUAUCUUCCCAAUCUUGGGCCGGACCUCGUCGUGCUGCUCCUCGGCAUUUCCUUGAAUCAACACGAAUGGCUGCGAAAGCAGACUCUGCAGGUCCUCAAAGUCUUUUUCCAAGUCAUCGACACGCGCUCUGGCGCUUUUGCGGAUCUGGGUUCCGAGCUGCUCAUGCCGUUGCUACGGCUCUUGUCAACGCCCUUGUCGGCCGAAGCGCUCGAUGUGCUCGACGAGCCCAUCGUCAUCAAUGGUGGCCCUGCCGCCAACCAGAUCCUGCGCAUGAGCCUGCAAUGGGGCAAACCCAGUCGACGUCGGGAGCAGUCGAGCGACGCUGCCAUCUUUGGAGCGCCAGACGACAGCGGGUGGGCGGUUGCGCACCCUCAAGAAAUGACUACCCGAUCGCGAAUCAAUGUGCAAGCCGUCUUCAAGACAUGCGAGCUGUCGCUGGAGACUGCGCCCGUUGGCGAGGUCAUGUUUGUUGACGAAGGUCCUUCUGACGAUCCGCAAAUUGGUUCCUUGGCCAGCACAAACGGCACCGACUCGAUCGCAAACAUGGACGAUUUGGGCGGAGCUUUGAACCAAUUGCACGACCUGUCCAAUUUCUUCGUAGAGCCAGACGCACCGAAUCCUAGCGAGACGACGCUUCAUCUUGCGGCCCAAUCAAACCAUGCCGAUGGCAACUUUGCAGGGCAAGACGACGACGAUGACGACGACGACGAGCAUAUUGCCCGCAUCAUGGCCCGCUCUGCCUUUGCAAAGGCGGAUCAUGGGGAUGGACCGAGCGCGUACAUCGCAAGCGACAAAGCUGGCACUAUGACGAUCCGCGAAGCCCGCGCUGCAGGCAUGCUACCAAGUCUGGAUCCGCAGCGCAGCGGUUCAUUGAGCGACAGCGACGCGAGCUCACCUGCUGAUACGACGCCGACCGUAGGCGAUGUCUCGGAAAGUCAUGACCAGCCCCAUUCACAGUCACAGCCGCAGCCGCAGCCGCAACAACGCGGAUGGCGGCCGCUCUUCAGGAGCCGCAAUGCUUUGCCAAGCGCUAA